UCAUGGAUCUUGCCAUUAUAAUGAGCUAAUUUUAACAAGCUGUAUUCCAAUUACGAUAAAUCCUUCGAAAGAAUAAUCACCCUGAUAUUUUCAACUCAAUGCUCAACAUCAUAUUUUCUAAUGAUUUCUCCUAUCCAAAUUAGGAAUAAAUUGCCAAACUUGAAAAAGCCUUCUUCUUAAAUAAAGACACUGCUAUCAUCCUUCAAAUUCUAUUAACCUCAUAUGAAAAUAAUAGUACAAAUUUACAUAUCAAUCUUAGCCUUUACAUAAAUAGAAGAUUAUAUAAAUCUUCUAUUAUAUAGAAUCGAUAGCCAUAUUUCAUUACUUGAAUCUAAUUCCUCCUCUUCAUCAAGUCCUGUUCGAUUUUACACUCAAUAUUAAAUGAAUGAAACAAUCAAAAAGGAAUAGAGUAUUAACAAAAAAAUCAAAAAAUAAACCAAAAAAUAACAAAAAAAGACAGACGAUACCUUAAAUAAAAAAACCAAUAAUUCAAAUCAGUAAUGA